AUGCCCGAAAAAAAGCGACAAAGGACUCUCAUUGAUUUUAAUAUCCCAAGAGCAGCUGUUUUACCCGGUAACGUAAAAAGACCUCACACUGCCCCUAUAUUUAUCGACCUCGAAGCCGAUGACAUAGAUGAGGACAGCUUCGCAGAGAAAAGUGCAAGUAAAGAAGCUGCGUUGAUUGAUACGAAACCGUUAUUUGUCACAGACGAAUACGAAGAAUGCACAGGCGAGCUUGUCGAGAAACCAUCAAUCACUGAGGAUUCGAAGGUCAAGAAAUUUGAAAAUAUUGAGGAAUGCAAGUUCACAACGGAGGCACUAAGUGACGAAAGUCUUUCCAUAAUAAAAUUUGCAGACAAGCGAGAAUUAUCCAUAGAGAACGAUUUUUACGUCCAAGAUCAGUCUAGUGGCCAAUGUAGUUCAUCGUCAAAUCGAACAAACACACCAAACCGUGGCGGACAAAAGACUAGGCAAUCUGGUUCUAAAUUCCCAAUUAAGCUGCGUUACGUACCAGAAAUUAAACGCCAGAUUUUUCGUGCUAAGCCUCCGAAAGUGGAUCUUGAGGAGUCUGGUGCCGAGGUCAAACAACUUAUUUCUAUUGCGGAAGUAGGCCAAGAACAGCAAGUUCUUUGUCCCGUAUGUGGCGUAGUUUUGACGAAACUUGAAGUUCAUGAACGUGAAAGUCAUUGUGACAGAUGUGCUGAACUAGGCCCGCAGAUACCGAAGAAACGCACCGGCAAGCCUUUGCCGAAACUUCCCCAAGUGAAAAAGAUAUAUUUCAAAAACCACGUUUUGGUUGUAGAUGGCUUCAAUUUUGAUACUGAUCCUACAAUUAAGCAAUACUUUUUAUCGCAUUUCCAUGCAGAUCAUUACAUGGGGGUUAAAAAGUCUUGGAACCAGGGCUCAGUGUAUUGUUCUAAAAUAACCGCGGAUCUACUAGCAUACAAAUUUAAAGUGCCAGAGGAGAGAAUCGUUGCUCUGCCAGAAGAUGUCACAGUCCAAAUAGCAGAAAACGUCUCAGUGAUUUGCUUCGACGCCAACCACUGCCCCGGAGCUUUUGUUUUCUUAUUUCGUGAAUUCGACAAAGACAAUAAUACUGUACAAUGGAUAUUACAUACAGGUGAUUUUAGAAGCAACGAUAAACUUAUAUCUCGGAUUAAUUCGCAUACCAAUGGCAAGCUUAUUGAUAAAGUUUACCUGGAUACUACUUACAUGUACCCAUCAUACCACUUUCCAUUGCAGAAAUCCGUGCUGGAAGUUACUGGUGAUUUUACCAGCAAGCUGAGUGAAUUGGGGUUUAAAAAAUUAUUUGAUGAUCGGCAAAGUUCAAUCAUGAAUUUUCUUUCAGGCUCUCUGAGGAGUCGUCAUUUAUACAAAUUCGUGUUUGUGGUGGGAACCUAUACCAUAGGUAAAGAAAAACUAGCAGUGGCUAUUGCACAGAAACUUAACACUAAAAUUUUUCUUCCCAAAGAUACAACUAAGCAUCGCAUCUUUCAAACUUAUGAAAACAUUUUUCCAGAAGGCUUGAUAACUCAUGAUAUCACGAAGUCGUGUGUUCAUCUGGUUUCCAUGCGUACACUGGCGUCUAAAGACAGUCUUCAAUUUUAUUUCAAGCCGAUAUCGCAUAUUUACGAGGAUAUGAUAUCAUUUUCUCCGACCGGCUGGUCCUUCAAGAACGGAGGAAAGUUUAUUAAGCUUCAUGAGUCGCCUGAGCAAAAAAGAGACCACACUUUAGGGUUGCUAAACAAUUCGGUGGUAGAUCAGCUUGAUGCAAAUUCCAUAUAUUCUCAAUACAACCGUCAAGCUAGAUUUCAAGUUUUCCGAGUACCGUACUCUGAACACAGCAGCUUCAAAGAUCUGGCGAAUUUCUGUGUAAAAGUUCCGUGGAUCAAAAUGAUACCAACAGUCAAUAAUCACAACGAAUACAUGAUGAGCCAAAUGGAAGAAUGGUUCAAAGCUUGGAAAAAAAUUCAACGUGAGCGGAAGUUAUAA